AUGCUUGAUCUCAACCCUGGCCAACCUGAUCCUCCAUUUGAAGAGGAAACCUACAAAGUCCUGCAUGUGGUCCCUGGAAAAGGGCCUUACUACACUAUUCAAGAAGCGAUUAACGCAGCAUCCCCUGGCACUCGAAUUCAGAUAGCAUCAGCGUUAUAUAUACAAAGUAUCACCAUAAACAAGCCUGACCUGAUUCUCGAACCUCGCGAAAUCGACAGCGAAGUCCAAAUAACGUGCCCUCAAGGACCUAUAAUAACAGUUUCUUUAAAAGACGAAGAAAGCUGUACUAUAAAAGGCUUAAAACUGAUCCAUACCUCAUCCGCAGGUAAAAAAAUUGAAAGUUUCAGCAGUGCGACUGACGAAAGUUUUUUUGAUUUAUCAGAAACGCCAAAAGGAAAUGAGCAUUGGAUAAGGUCACUUAAAAUAUCGAGAAAUAUGAAUUGUGCUGUAUGAGCAGAUGGAGGGGUGACACAUCUUGAUGGCUGCAAAAUUUCGUUGACUGCUGCCAAAACUCCAUUACCAGGGGUAGUCUGUAGUAAUGGAAGCUUAAAAGUAGAAAAAUGCACAAUUAAAGGACACGGAGAAAUACCAACUGUAGGAAUUUAUAAUAAAUUAGACUUUUUGCUUAUAGAAUCUGGGAAUUUUUUAAAAAAUAAAAAAAAACCCAUAAGCAAAAUGACCAAUAUAUUAUACGUAAGUGAAGCUAAUUUAUAUUGCAGAAAAUCAAAAAUUUUUAAACAUAGAGGAGGUGGUUUAGCGUUAUAUGGGACUCCUGAUAACUCAAUUAUGGUUACAGAGAGCCAAAUCAUGAACAAUAUCAAUUGUGGGAUUUAUUGCUUCGGUGAAGAGUCAAGACCCACAAUACAAAGAUCAGUGAUUGGGAGUAACGAUGGACCAGGCAUAAAAGUGGGGCUUUAUUGUUGUGCGCAGAUUAAAGCCAAUGAAAUAAAAAAUAACGAAAAAGGAAUUGAAGUUGAUAAUGGCGACCCUUUUGUAUUUUUGAAUAUAAUAAAAUCCAAUUCUGAAGAAGGCUGCUUUAUGAAAGGCGAUAAAGAUUAUAGAUGUGAUGGAAAAAUCAUGAGUAAUGAUAUCACUGAAAAUGAUAAAGGAAUAGUCUGCUCAGGCUCAACGUGCCAUACAAAGAUAGUCGGUAAUGGCAAAAUUUCUAAUAAUAAAAAGGCUGGCGUUGAAAUAGUCAAUGGCGCCCACUGUGUGAUUUUUCGAAAUGAUAUUUUUGAGAACGGCACCCAAGGGAUUUUAUUAGUAAAAGGCUCAUCUUCACAUAUAGAAAGAAAUAGUAUUCAUAAUAACCAAAAAGCAAAUAUCGCAUUUGGAGGGUGUGAAAAUAGUGAUACCACUAUUAUAGAAAACUCGAUUUUCAGAGGAAAAAGUGAAGGAAUUUUUAAUUGCCAAGGAGGCACUUCCUGAAUCAAAAGAAACCAAAUUUAUGAGAACAGUGAUGGGAUUUUGCUUAUUGACAGUCACCCUUUUAUAACGAUGAAUUCUAUAUACGAUAACAGAAGAAGUGGGAUUAUUGUGGCUGGGAAUAGCCAGCCUAACGUCGUAGAUAAUGAAGUACUAACUCCCCCCCUUUAAAUUGGAACAAAAAAUUUUGUUCCAAUUUAAAGGGGGGUUAAUUUUUUAUAAAAAAAAAAAUUUUCAAAAACUUAUCGAAUUAGAUCAAUAAAUUUGUUUAAUAAAAUACUAUUUACUCUUUAUCCUUUAAAAUAAAGCAAGAUAUUCUAAUUGCCCGAGGAUGGCGCAAGAUAGAGCCAUCCUCUGGCAAUUACUAUAUAACUAAAUUUUCAUUAUUAGUUAAUACGCCACUAUUAAUUGGUAUCAAAAUUAUUUAUACAAAAAUUAUUAUUUUUAUUGACAAAAAACAAAUUAAAAACAAAAAUUUUUUAGAAAAUUUAUCGAUCAAAGUGCUAAUUUUGUUUAAAUAAGAUGUUAUUUAUACUCUAUUCUUUAAAAUAAAGCAAGAAAUAACUAAAUUUUAUAAAGAAUUCCUAUUGAAUUAUAUCAAAACUAUUUAAAUAAAAAAAUAUCAUUUUAUCAAAAAAAAAUAAAAUUUUUUUGAAAAAAAGAAAUUAAUUUUUUUUUUUAAAAUUUAGCAAUUAAGGAUAAUAAAUUUAUUUAAAUAAGAUACUCUUUAUACUCUCUUCUUUAAAUAAGAACAAGAUAUAACUAAAUUUUUGAUUUUAGUUAAGAAGAAACAUUUAACUUAUAUCAAAACUUUUUACAUAAAAAUUAUAUAUAUUUUUUUAUUAUAUAAAUUAAAUUUUGUUCCAAGGGGGUUAAUUUACCAAAAAAGUGGAAAUUUUACCUAUAUUUUGCUCCAAUCUAAAGGGGGGGGAGUAAGAAAUACAGCUGUAGGGAUCUGUGUAAGAGAUUUAUCGACAGGGCUGCUACUAAGAAACUACACGUUUGGAAACCUUGUACAGAUGGCUAUAAUUACAAAGACGAAAAUGAACAUUAAGCAGAUUAAGCAGGAAAAUUACAUUAAAGGAGAAGUUCAGCUUCCGCUACCGACUAUAUGUUCAUUACUAUAA